AUGGAUCUCGUGCUGAACGUUGCCGACCACUAUGUCCUCACCCCCUACGUGUUCCCGUCGUCAUGGCCCGAGGACACAGCAUUGCGCCAGAUCAUUAGCCUGUUGGUAGUCACCAACCUGGGGAUCGCGGUCCUCUACCUGGGCCUUGGCUGGCUGAGCUACCAAUUCAUCUUUGACCACAACCUCAUGAAACAUCCACAGUUUCUAAAGAACCAAGUGUGGCGGGAGAUCAAACACGCCAUGACCUCGCUACCCAUAAUCAGUAUCCCCACUGUGGCAAUAUUUUUCCUUGAGGUCAAAGGAUACAGCAAGCUCUAUGACAAUGUUGAAGAAUCUCCCAUGGGAUGGCCCUUUGUGCUUUUCAGCAUGAUUUCCUUUGUGUUAUUCACGGACGGGUGCAUCUAUUGGAUUCAUCGGUUUCUUCACCACAGGUGUAUUUACAAGUACUUCCACAAGAAGCAUCAUGUGCUGAAGAUCCCCACGCCGUUCGCCAGCCACGCCUUCCACCCACUGGAUGGCUUCCUGUCGAGCCUGCCCUACCACGUCUACCCCUUCCUCUUCCCCCUGCACAAGGUGCUCUACCUGGCCCUCUACAUCUUCGUCAACAUCUGGACCGUGUCCAUCCACGACGGCAACUACCGCAUGCCCGGCCCACUGCAGGAGGUGCUCAACGGGGCGGCCCACCACACGGACCACCACCUCUUCUUCAACGUCAACUACGGCCAGUACUUCACCUUGUGGGACCACAUUGGUGGGUCUUACCGCAACCCCUCGGUUCUCGAAGGGAAGGGCCCCCUCGACUGCAUUCGUAGACUGACAGCCGAGGGGAAGAUUAGCUCUAAUGGGGCUAAUGCCAAUGGGCACACGAAUGGGCAUGAUAACAGAAGCGGUACAAAGAGCAAGGAGGAGUAGUUGGUUAUCAAGACCCAUGCCUCACCCCAAUGUCCGUUCAAUAGCCAAUGGGUUCUCAGCAAAGCUUUCACCACCCUGUCUGAGGAGAAGCAGUCUCCAUGCCGCAUCCAAGCAGUAAAGCAGCCAGCUAGCUAACGUCGGCGUCGCAGGACUUUGCAGAAAUACAGCCAGCUGCGAUUGACUCACAGAUAGCAAGCUAAACACCAUGCUAUAUGUAAACAGAGAAAACUAUAGCUAACAAAUUAGAUAGGAUUACUAGUAGAAUUACAGGUUUUCAGAUAGAAAAACUACAGUCCUGCUUAUGGACUAGCUAGCUACAACAUAAUGGUGUUGUCUAGUAGCUAGCGACACAUGACAUUUUACUCUCUGUUGUCCUCCACUUUAUGUAUAUGCAUUGUGUCCUGCUAUCAAACUGUAUGUCCCAAAAGACAAUGAUAACAAUGAUGUACAUAUGUUUAAUCUUGGUUAACCCAGAACUAAAGUCUCACGUAAUUGGUCAGCUGCUCGAUUAAGAUCUGGGUCCAUACGUGUUAAGAGAAGGGAUUAAGAGAGCUACACCCUCUCUUUUUGCAAGUUACGGGCCAAAUGCCCCCUCCGCUUCCAAAAUUCUAAAGAUGCUAACACCUGCGAAAUCAUGAUUUGUCCAAAUAAUCAGUGAUGAAAAACCCAAACUACUGCUGCUCGUUAUCCCACGCAUCCCAUUCCUUCGACAGA